AAAAUAACAAUUGUAAAGGCCAUCAACUGUAUUUGUUAUGAGUUUUGUUUAUAAGUGUUUAUUUGGUUACUUUCUAACGUUGAUUUCUAACACGUGUGAAUAGAGAAAAGCUAAAUAAUGGAAGUUGGUGAUACAAAUUUGUUUAAUGUGUUUGAUGAAGAUUCUAAUGAUUCAAAUUUGGAAGUACCUCCUGCCAAGAAGGUAAAGACAGAAAACACAAGCCAAGAUCCACACGUUAUUGACCUAAGUGACUCUAAAGAACUAGACGAUUCCAAAUUUAAUGUAGAUGAUAUUAAUGUUGAUAUACUCUUGCCUCGCAUAAAAAUUCAUACGGUGGAAACUUUAGAGGUCUGUGUGCAUGAAGUUGCAGUACCGCCAGAUGUCGAAUACGUACCUUUGAGUGUACCUACUUCAAAACCUGCUAAGGAGUACAAGUUUAUCUUAGAUCCUUUUCAGAAGGAAGCUAUAUUGUGCAUUGAGAACAGGCAGUCAGUGCUGGUUUCAGCACACACGUCUGCUGGGAAGACAGUUGUUGCGGAAUACAGCAUAGCAUUGUCGUUGCGAGACAACCAACGUGUCAUUUACACUACUCCAAUUAAGGCACUUAGUAAUCAGAAGUUCAGAGAAUUCACUGAAGAGUUUCAAGACGUUGGUUUGAUUACGGGUGAUGUUACAAUCAAUCCAAAUGCUAGCUGCAUUAUUAUGACCACAGAAAUUUUGCGAAACAUGUUGUAUCGUGGUUCCGAGUUGAUGCGCGAAGUAGGUUGGGUGGUUUUUGAUGAAAUACACUAUAUGCGUGACAAAGAAAGAGGUGUUGUUUGGGAAGAGACAUUGAUACUUCUUCCUGAUAACGUUCAUUAUGUAUUUUUAUCUGCUACAAUACCCAACGCUACUCAGUUUGCAGAAUGGGUGGCACACCUACAUCAUCAGCCAUGUCAUGUUGUGUACACUGAUUACCGACCAGUCCCACUUCAGCAUUACAUCUUUCCUGCCGGGGGCGAGGGAAUCCACUUGGUGGUGGACGAGUCUGGUCAGUUCAUCGAGCAGAACUUCAAUGCAGCAAUGACCGUCCUGCAGAAUGCAGGAGAUGCAGCCAAGGGUGAUCAAAGAGGUCGUCGCGGUGGUGUGCGGGAUCGAAAUUCCUCGGACAGUAACAUAUUUAAGAUUGUAAGAAUGAUAAUGGAACGGGAUUUUGCACCAGUGAUUGUUUUCAGUUUCAGUAAGAAAGAGUGUGAAGUAUAUGCGUUACAAAUGGCCCAACUUGAUUUCAACACUGCAGCACAAAAGAAAAUGGUGGAUGAAGUAUUUAACAAUGCCAUGGAUGUGUUAUCACCAGAAGAUAGAAAGCUCCCACAGGUUGAAAAUUUGCUUCCCUUAUUGAGAAGGGGGAUUGGCAUUCAUCACGGUGGCUUAUUGCCAAUCCUUAAAGAAACUGUUGAAAUUCUUUUUGCUGAGGGUUUGAUCAAGGCAUUAUUUGCUACGGAAACUUUUGCGAUGGGUUUAAACAUGCCUGCACGGACUGUUGUGUUUUCAUCGCCUCGCAAGUUCGAUGGCAAGGAGUUCCGCUGGCUCACUUCUGGCGAGUACAUCCAGAUGUCCGGCAGAGCGGGGCGUCGCGGCCAAGAUGACAGGGGCAUCGUGAUCCUGAUGAUAGAUGAGAAGGUGAGCCCGCAAGCAGGUCGUGACAUAGUGAAGGGCUCGGCAGACCCCAUCUACUCUGCUUUCCACCUCACUUACAACAUGGUGCUGAACUUGCUUCGUGUGGAGGAGAUCAAUCCCGAGUACAUGCUGGAGAGGAGUUUCUUCCAGUUCCAGAACCAGACUUCCAUCCCCCAGCUCAUCCAGAAGUUACAGACGAAGCAAGCCGAGCACGACCAGAUAGUCGUUCCUAAGCACGACCAGGUGGCUUCUUACUGCAAUCUGCAGGAACAGCUUUGCCGAUUAAGAAAACAGGUGCAGAGCUACAUAACCAAGCCAGAGUUUCUAGUGCCGUUUCUGCAGCCAGGAAGGAUGGUCAAGAUCGUAAACAAAGAAGAUGAAUUUGAUUGGGGGAUCGUCAUCAACUUCAAUAAGCAGAAGAACUUUGGGAUGAAAAAAGGGAAUAAUCCUGCCAAAGAUGAUCCUGCAUACGUGGUAGAAGUGCUAUUGCACGUGGAUGAGCAGCCAGAAGACCAGGAGGUGGAGGCUCGACCUUGUCCUCCGGGGAAGGCUGGGGAGGUGGAAGUGGUGCCCGUGGUUCACACCAUCAUUUCCCAGGUCAGUUCCAUUCGCCUUCACAUUCCCAAAGACUUGAAACGCCCGGACAACAGGAAGAGCGUGCUAAAGAGCAUUCAAGAAGUAAAGAAACGCUUCGACGACAAAAUCCCGUUGCUGGAUCCCGUCAACGACAUGCACAUAAAGAAUCCCAUGUUUGUGGACAUGCUGAACAAGAUGACUUCGUAUGAGGACAGGCUCCUGGAGCACCCUCUGAGGGACAAUGAGGACCUCGGAGUCCUGUGUGAGCAGUUCGCCCAGAAGUCUGCAUUGAGGGAUGAGCUGAAGAAGGUGACCUCGGAGCUGAAGGCGGCCCAGUCGGUGCUGCAGAUGGACGAGCUGAAAUGUCGCAAGCGUGUCCUGCGACGCCUGGGCUACUGCACCGAGGACGACGUCAUCAAGCUGAAGGGCCGAGUGGCGUGCGAGCUGAACGGCGCCGACGAGCUGCUCAUGACGGAGAUGAUCUUCAACGGCGUGUUCAACAACAUGACGCCGGCGCAGUGCGCAUCCAUCCUGAGCUGCUUCGUGUGCGACGAAAAAAGCUCGGACAUGCCCAAGAUGUCGGAGGAGCUGUCGGGGGCCCUGCGUCAGAUGCAGGACAUGGCACGCCGCAUCUCGCGCAUCAGCAACGACGUCAAGCUGGAGCUGGACGAGGAGACGUACGUGAACCAGUUCAAGCCGUUCCUCAUGGACGUGGUGUACGCGUGGUGCAACGGGGCCAGCUUCCUGGAGCUGUGCAAGAUGACGGACAUCUUCGAGGGCAGCAUCAUCCGCUGCUUCCGGCGGCUGGAGGAGGUGCUCCGGCAGCUGUGCCAGGCCGCCAAGACCAUGGGCAACGCAGAGCUGGACGACAAGUUCAGCGAGUGCAUCAAGCUGAUCAAGCGAGACAUCAUCUUCGCUGCCAGUCUGUACUUGUAGCUUGCCCUCACUUGUGGCAGCAUCAUCCGGCUUUCACUGUGCUGUGAAGAAGAAUUGGAGUUUUAUUCAGUUGUAUAUGUAAAAAAAAUAUAUAUUGAAAUAUUUAUUGAUGCCUGUACUUACACCAACCAGUACGUGACAUUAUUUACUGUUUUCACCUUUUACAAAUGCAGUUUCUUUUUGAGAAAUUUAGCAUUAAUAGCCAUAAAAAAUUCUAAAAUGUCUGCAAAGCUUUUUAAAAUUAGUUACUGUUUAUCAAACUUUAUUAUUAAGUAGCUGAACUUUUUUGGUAAUUCUUCCUUACUUCGUAUCCAGUUUACAUAAAAGUUCUAUAAUUAACAUUUUCACAAUUAAAUAUAUAUUGUGUAUGGUACAAUUUUGCACCACUAUCACAUUUAAUUUCUUACUUUAUUUUAAUAUUAUUUGUUAAAAUACAAUUGGAUACGUUACACAGAAUAAUUACUCAAGAAACUAUAUUCCUCAAACUUUUAUAUAUAUUUUCAAAAUCGAAUAUAUUUUGGUAGUUAUAUGACUUUGCAUUACAAAUAUAACCAAUAUCUUUAUUUUGCAUGAUGUGAUAGGGUAACAUUAUAGUGAUUAUGAGCUAUCUUCAUAACUAUAGUGUGAUUUCCCUUGUUUUCUUAGUUCAUUUACUUUAUGGAUAUACAAUAUAACUUCAUAACAAAUUUUGUUUAAUAGUUAGGUAUAUAAAUGUUUGUUUCAUGUGUAAGUUUGAAAGGAAUGUGUAGAUUUCUGAUGCAGCAAGCGACAAUAUAUUCCAGAUGAUUUAAAGUUGGAUUGACUUUGUAAGUGUUGUUUUUACGUUUGAAAAUGUAAUUUUAACAGUCUGCUUUAAUUCUGAAUUGCUUGUGAAUUAAGACAGUUUGUGUGACUGGUUGUAUACAUUGAAAGACAAUCUUAUUGGCAAUUAUAUGGAAAAGUGGCUGUUUAAAAUUGAACUGUCAAGAGUGUCAAACAUUUUUGUGGUGUGUAUAUUUCAUUUAUUUUGUUUUAAAAAUAUGUUAUGAAAUUCUAAUGAAAAUAAAGUUAGUAACAAUUUAAGACAGCUAUCUAAAAAAAAAUCAAUGAACAUAUGCAAAGAAAUACAUUAAGAGAAUAUAAAAUAAUUCAUUUGAAAAAUAUAGUAUUUUGAAGAAACACGUGCAUUUUGAAAUGAGCUAGUUCCCCACCAACAAGAGCAGGCUGAGGUGGCCGCGGGUAGCCGUUGGAGGGCCGGGCGGAGAAGGGAAGUGUGUUGGCUGUUCAGUGAUUGGGGAAUGAGGGAACAGGGAGAGGUUUACUAGGGCGAGGGUGCGUAUUCACAAGUGUGAGUUGCCAAGGUCUGGAGAGAGACUGAAAGAUGGAGUUGCUGAAAAAGAGGGAAUAUUCGCAGUCAAGGUACGAAAGAGAGGUGGUUGCAGUUUGAAGCAGAGAGAGAUGUGCAUUACCUCUCCGGUUCUUAUUGGACGACACAACAUUGUUUCUGGACAGCUUUUAAGAAUUGUUACACUGUCUCACCUCGUAUGUGUAUCAGAAUUUACAUAAAAUGAAAGGGGUGAUGGCUGGUGUUUUGUGAGGAAAUUCUACAAUGUUGCCAACGAUUGGUAAAUUAGAGCAACUAUUGUCGUGUUUUUAGCAAUGGUUGUACAUAAUUUGGAAGCUCAUACUUGUUUCUGUGUUGCCUUGGAGACCGUGUGCGAUUGUGCAUGUGGUAGUACUUUAUUUUGUAUCAUUUGAUGCACUAUCUAGCAAAUGCUUGGUUGGAUCCUCAAUGUACUGCAAUUGCAGCAUUACCCCCAGUUUUCAAGGACAAAAUAUGAGACUUUUAAGCGUUCAAGUUUUAGUUUGGAAACUAAUGAUAUAAAUUGUGUUGUAUCAUCAUUAGUCUGGCCUUAAAUGAAACUGUGAUUCAUCUCUUUAAUUGAAUUUGUGAAAUGGAUUGAAAUGUGCUAUUUGGAAUUGACUGAACAGAUGUUGUUCUGUGUGUAGUAGUUCUACUGUGAAUGUGAGUGUGGCUUGUCAGAAUAGGAUACUGUAGGCCUCGUAUUUAUUCUUAAGUGUGUGCUAGAGGGUUCCAGAGGACAAGGAAAACUCCGUGAAUUGAAAAGGAAAAAACAGAGAAAUUGACAGAAUUUUUUAUACCAACCAGGAUUUUUAAUUUUUAAUACUUUUGUGUUCACUUAUGUCUUGAAACCAGUCUGUAUUUUAUUCACUAAUUCCUGCCUAGUUGAAUGCCCAUUUGUUUUUAUCAUUCAUUAAGUAUGACAGAAUCAAUCUAUGAAUAAAAUGUGUACCAAUUUAAUGAUUUCAAGUAAGAUUUUCUACUGUAUCACACAAAAAAAGAUGAAAUGCUGAAGAUAAAAGUAAAGGUUUAAAAAUUCUUACAAAAAAAGACGUACUAAGGACAUUUCUAAUAUUUUUCUUCAACCUACAUUGAACCAAAGUAAUGGCAUCAGUGUUAUUUUAGUUGAAACUUCACAUUGUUUCUUUACAUUAAUCUGAGAUAUUUGUAUUAACCAUCCUUUACUACAUCUAACUGUAUAGCCUUGGAAUAAAAACAACUUUGUUUUACUAAAUUACCAUACUUUUGUAUUAAACAAAUUACUAAGCACUAAAACUCCUAUGUAAUUUCUAGGCUCUAUGAAAACGCGUAUUAAUUAGAGUUUUGUAUUAACAUGGUUUGUAUUAUUGAGGUUUUAUUGUAAUUUCUAAGUUAGAACAAACAUUUUCUAGUCAAAGUGACUUGUUAUGUGAGGUUGAUAAAGUUUUUCUUUAAGAAUUUGAAUGUAUUUAUCUUGCAAGAUUGAUCAAUGAGACAUGGAAAAAAUAUUUUGUUGGACAGGGAAAAAAGGGAAAUAGUUGAGUAUACGAGUGUGGGAACCCUGUAGAGGUUACAAGGGCCACUAUUUGAGCUAGACUCUGAAGCCAUUGCUGUUGCGAGUCAGCGAUUUAGCAGGCAUGACUUGUGUGGGGCUGGAGAGAAAGGACAAAUGUAUUUCAAUGAGUACAGUAUGAGUUGGGCUUUGUUGAAACAAUAAAAACUUAUUUAAUUUCACUGAUACUUGGAAUUGCUUUUAAUUUUCUUUACUGUGGUAACUUCAAAAGUUUAAAAUGUAGGUAUAGUGAGUACAGUAUUUGUAAUUUACUAUUUAUGUUUGCUGUUGAUUCAAGUAAGUUUAUUGCCUUUCCGUAAGUCCACACAUCACAUCGCUGAGAGCGUUUUGCUUUUCCAUAGGAGAUAUCUUGUCCAUGUGUGGUAGAAUUUCAUUCUAUUGUAUUUGUUGGGAUUGAUGGCAAGGAGAAACCCUGGCAUGAAAGGAGGUGACGCAGUGGUAACAUGCUGACUUGUUUCUGAGAGAUUUAUUUCCGAUAGCACUCCAGGCAAAUGCCGGUCGGGUUCCUUGGCCGGGGCCGUCGAGAAAAACUAAUGACAGGGGGCAAAUAAUUUUGUUCUCUCCCCACCCCCUCCUUUUAUCAUUUAAGCGGCCCGCCUACCCGGGCACAUGCAUGGUAUGCAAACUCCAGAAGAAACCACGCGAUUUUAAAACUGUUCAAGAUACCCGAGUGAUGUCUGUUUACGAAAAUCAUUUAAGAAUGCGCUGAGGGCAGAUGAGUAAGUCUGUUUCUGUGGCUAAAAUAGUGUUUUCAGAAUAAGUUUUAGACAUAAAACUUUUGGUAAAGAUUCUUGAAAGCACUCAAGUGCAUUGCAUUACACCUUCAUCUUCAUUUCUCUGCCAUAUAAUUUUACAGUACUGCUCAGAUUUCAUAGUUCUAUGCAUGACAAGAAAACUGCGUGCCAAUUCAGAGCAUAUUUUUCGUUUCUUUUUUUGUAUAAAUAGUACUCCAAUACUCAUAAUGAUGUGGUUUUGUAUUUUUCAUAACAUUUAUGGCGAUUAAAGCAUCUUAUGCUAUUCUUAAUUAUGUGUUACUAAGGGUUGCAUGAAAGUUUAUUUUAUUGACUCAGAUGGACUCGGAGAGUAAACACACUAUAUUAAAGUGUUUUCAUCACGCACUUUGCCACUAUGAUAGACCAACAUUGCUUGGAGAAUAA